CCCAAAUGGCGUAAGAAAAAAUGUGAACAAUGGAACAAUUGGCAUCUCACAAAAUCCUCCCUCGUCAAAUAUAAACAAUCUCAGGCUCAUUGGACAUUACAGACAUCUGUUAUCCUUCAGUACAGCACCACCACUACAGUGAACUAAGCCAAGAUGAAGUUCCUAAUUGUAGCCUCCCUCUGCGUUGCUGUGGCUCUUGGCCAGAAUGUGAUUCAGCCAAAACCAAAUGUUCGAAAUUUGCCAGCUGAAGUCCGGCCAGAGGCUGCAGGUCAAUGCUACGGAUUCACCGCCAAAAAGGCCUUCCCUGUGGGCCAGUCUUGGCCCCUGGCUCCCUUCUGUGGAAGAGCCACCUGCAUUCAACAAGAAGGUAAACUCUUUGAAAAGGUGGAAGACUGUGGCUUUGAGCCCAAGCCAUCUCCCGGCUGCAGAGUCAAGAACGAAGCCGACCAAGCUAAGCCAUACCCAGCCUGCUGCCCCGUGUACGAGUGCCAGCCAGGUGCCACUCUCCAGUACCCAACCGAAGAAGAGUUGAAGGCCGCCGCACAGCAGGCUGCCAAGGCUUCACAAGGCGCCCAGGGAUAAGAGGUCACUCUGAGUCGUUCUAGUCUACAAAUCAGAGCAAAAUAUCGGUUGAAUUGCUAAUAGGAAUUAUUUAUUAAAUGUUUUUCAUAACUAAGUCAAGGCUUUUUAUGAAUUAUAUAGUAAAUAAAUAACAAAAGGACAUUAUAGAUCACUUUACAGAGAAUAGUAUUUUGAUUUAUAUAAAAAAUAAAUAAACAAACCCAGAUUCA